AUUAGAUUUGUGGUGUCUUGAAAUACGUAGAGAUGAUACUCAAAAAAAAUCAUAUUUGUAUCUCAAAUCUGAAUCACAAAGAAAUUGUUAUUUAAAAAAGCUAGCUUUAGAUUUUCACUCUUGUUCUGAAAAGUUAUUAGAAGAACAUGGAUUUUUUGAAACAAAUUUGGAAUGUCUAAGAUUUAAAAUUCAUAAUGAUAAACAG